CGCGCACUCGCUGUGCAGUGUUGGUUGCUAAGGAACCAUAUAAAGCAGGUAAUGCAUCAUGUCAGCUGUAGCAUGCUAGCAUUCAAGAUACUGCGUGUCUAAGCUAGCAGCCAUUUCAUUCAGAAGCGUAUAUUUCAUUAGCCGUUACUAAUGAUGGCAACCACCGACUUGCCUCCAGUCAGUUGACAUAAAAUAAAAAACGACAGUAAUUUUUUUUUUUACAUACAAGCAUAUUCUAUUAUCGGCUAGCAAUCGGCUAAUGACAAUGUCUCAUGGGCUGCAUCGUGUGACGAAGUUAGCUUUGUCAUUUUCUUUAUCUAGCUAACGUCGUUAUGGGAUUUAUUGAUAAUAUCAAUAAUCGGGUUACAUCUGCGUUACAGCUGGUGUCACUAUAAAAUAAAUUCUAGCACUCGAACAGAAUGUGGAUCUGUUUUAAACGGACACACUACGCAAUUGCACACAAAUAAUUACUGUUGCACGUUAUACGAUAUAGAACAUUAUCUCCCGUAGUAUUUUAUGUUUGUAAUAUUUCACUUAGUAAUUUUGUAUAAGCGUUUUCUACAGAUAUGGUCUGGUGCUUUGCUUCAUUUAUAAGAGGUGGUUUAAAAUGAGAUGAUUGUCAACAGCACGCAUUUGCUCCCAUUCAAGGCCGUUUCUUCAAGAUUAGUUUUGGAUUUACCUUUUGGUGGUUUGUCUGUGGCUUGUGGAACUAGGCUAUCAAGUGUAGCAUCGAGUUCCUUUCAUGAAGACCAAGGCCCAGGAGGCCACAUUUCAUGCCAACAGUGCAGCAGCAAAAGUCUCACCAGGCCUUUCUCAUAGAUCUAUUCAAUUGGUUUAAUAAUGUCUAAGGUAGUGCGAAGUGUUAAAUUUGGCCCAGUUUGUUACCAGUUUGUUACGACUGAGAUUGGUCUAUGCACCACAUGAACUUUAGUCUUUGCACUUUUAAACACUAGUGCACAUGCUGUGUUUUAAUACAGCUUGCCUUUUUUAGUUUCAGUUUAAGAAGCUAGGAUUUGUUUCUAUUCAAUUAUUUGCAGAGAUUGCUCAUGUUAGUGAGCCAAAGAUAACUGUUAAACAAUAAUUUAGUUUUAUUCUCAGAUAUUCAACCAAAAGCUGUUUUUUCUCUUGUUUACAGAGAAAGUAUCUCAAGAAUGUGUCCCAAAAUCGGAUUCACAAAUUGUUUUGUGGCCUACUACCUUCUGGAAAGACCACAUCAUCUUUUCUUCAGAAACAAGUCCAUUGGACCUGUUCACUGUUUCUUUGUCUCCUCUCCUUCACAAAAAAUACUAUUGACAUACUUCCAACCCCUGUCCCAUUCAUUUUUUUCACACACUUCCCCCAUCCUCUCCCUCUUAGUUUGUCCCUCCCCCCUGCCAUUCUCUGCUCUACUCACAAGUCUUGAAGUCAUUGGAGUUUAUUGGACCCAACUAACAUUACUGGCCUUGUAUUACCCCACAGGUUUAUGCUCGGUACCCAAUGGGCUCUGUAAUGUCACAUUUUUGUUGUUCCCUUUUUAAAAUCUAUACAUGUGAUGGAAUGUGGAGUGCUUCUUUGUUCUCCUUUAUGGCCAUGUGUCUCUGUCUUUUUGAAUAUGAACUUCUGCCUUUCAUGUUGGAUUGAGACCACACGUAGAACCUGAUUAGUUUCUCUAAAUAUACUCUGAGCAUUUAAACAUUAUGCAUAUUUUGUAUUUCAGAGUCUGUAGGCUUGAUUGAUCUGUGUAAUGGGUUUAUAUGAUACAGCUUAAUCCAGUUGCAUUUUGCUUAACCAGUUCUAGUUAAUCAUUGACUAUAUGAUUCUAAUCUGUUCCCAUGUGUCGUUUAGGUGGUGUAAAGAUGAUGGCACUGUAAGGAGCCUGGUCAGUCAGGCUGGUCAAGGUGUGUGUGUGUGUGGGGGGGGGGGGGGUUAUGCCACAAUCCUGACUAGCUAGAGGUUCCCCCAGCCUUUGUGUAAACAUGGUUACACUCAUCACCGAGCAGCUCCGCAAGCAGAGUUUAGAGGAGCCUUAUCAGACUUUCUCCUUCAACAAUGAUUCACUACCUGCAGUGGGCUCCAGUCCCACCACCUCGUGGGGUGCUUGUAAAACAAAACCGGAGACGAGCUCUGCUACACACUUAUCGUCCAAGGUGUAUGCUUUGGCUGAUGCUUGUGAACCAGACUCCCUAUGGCCUCGCUCUUGCUUCGGAGAGCCCCUCCAGAGACCUGAGGUAGCCUUCGCCGACAAGGCUUUCCAAAGUUCACCCCCACCUCCUCCAAAACGCCACUGCCGGUCCCUCUCGGUUCCAGAGGAUCUGUCCCAGUGCCGCUCCUCCUGGCACCCGAGUGCAUCAAAAGUUUGGACUCCGGUCAAACGUGGCUGCCACAGUAGAGGAGCAUCCAGUUCGGGGUCUGGAGCGAGUUCUUUGCCCCUUUGUGGUCCCAGUUCUUCUUUCACUUCCUCUUCUUUACACUCAUCAUCUAGCCCCAACUUCUUUAGUUUAGCACUGUCUUCAGACUCCGCUUUGUCGUGGGGCUUCCCAUGGGACCCCUGUGACACACUCAAAGGAGCUUGCACUUCCUCCUUUGCGACUCCUUCCUCUUGCUCAUCUUCACCGGCCCCUCUAGUUUCUCACUCGGUCUUGCAGCGACGCUUCUCCCUUUCUCCCGUACACAUUCACAAUCCCUCCGUGGCAUCCUUGCGUCCGCAGCGCUCACCUACAUCAGCUGCCACAUAUGGCCUUUCUGGCUUGGAGCAUCCAGCUUUGUCUCCAUCUCCCACAUCUGCCUGCAGUACACCAUCAUCCUCUAGACGUGACCUGCCCCCUGCACUGCCACGAUGCCACUCGCAGCCCUGUGACUUGCGCAAACCACGCCUGAAGAGGCGCCAUGACCCAGAUGUCCUGCCCUGCCCCAGGCCAGGGCUGGACUUCAGCAAAAUGACACAGAUUAAUUAUGAGAGCCUGUUCUGCAGAGCUGGUGAUGUCAUGCUGCCCGUGUCAUCACACUCAGAGCAGCGUUUGAGCGUCUCCUCUGCUGAAAUCCUGGGACGAACCAGCAUUGUCCCUCUAAGUGAAAGUGAAGAAGAGGAGGAUGAAGAAGUGGAGCAAAGAAAAAGAACUGUGUUGGAAGCUGGGAAAAACAUAUUUGAAAGGGACUGUACAGAUCUGGACUUGAGCCUUAUAGAAGAAAACUGACUGCUCUUCGGUGCUUACCGUGUGAUUACUGCAUUUCUAACCCUGUAAAGCACACCUGUGGGCUUUGCGCAGAGCCCUCGGGAACAAUCUGCCCUCAUCUGGCACAAGUCCAGGGUUUAUCAUAAGAGCCCAGCAAGUAGAAGCUCAUUUCUAGUUGCAUUGCUGUGAUUGUAACACCAAGUAGCUCACAAGUCAACAAAAUGAUCAGUGCCUGCCUGCCUUUUCCGCGUCCCCAUAGGGAGAUGUGCACGAGCAAAUAAGCAAGCUUUCAUGUGCACAGAUUUUAAAUCAUUUUAUACUAAGUCUUAAGUGGAACUAUCCUACACUUGCCUCUCAGUAGUCUUGCAUAUCGAACAAAACAUGAAAGUGAGCAUUUACUGAGACAUGCUUUGUGCUUACAUGAUACAUGCAAAUAUUCCAUGUUUCACUCUCCAGUGAGAGGCUGCAGUAGGCUGCUGUCGGAUCCUGAUCUCUUCAUCUAAAACUGAAUGAGAACUCUUUAAACCUAGCUUGAUGUGGAGUCAAACACUGAAGUAGCCUAAAAUCUGUAGGUUCUCUCCAGUACACCAAACACAAUACAUUCCAGGAUAAGCCGUAACCCCCGUAGAUACAUAAACACGCAGCCUGUUUGUGUGGAUCAACUCUGUUGUCAGAGGGAAGUUGUGGUUGUAACUGCUAAACUUGUAUUUUCUUUUGUCUGCGUGGAACUUCUGUCCUUGUUUUGACGUCAACACACAUUGGCCACAUUAAUACUGAUGAUACUGUUAACGUACCACGCCUUAAGCCUCGGUGCUCUGGUUAUUUCCCAGCCAGACACUUUUGUAGUCUUCGUUUGCACUGAUUCAGAUAGGUUUGAAUGCGUGGAACGAUGCACUGGAACAGAUGAUUGAAUAGCUGAAUCUGGGCUGCAGCUGGACUCUCUGGCACACCAUAACACAAUGUACAGCGAUGAGAGUGAGCGCACAUGUCCAGCCAGUACUGUGUGUGUGUGUGUGUGUGUGUGUGUGUGUGUGUGUGUGUGUGUGUGUGUGUGUGUGUGUGUGUGUGUGUGUGUGUGUGUGUGUGUGUGUGUGUGUGUGUGUGUGUGUGUGUGUGUGUGUGUGUGUGUGUGUGUGUGUGUGUGUGUGUGUGUGUGUGUGUGUGUGUGUGUGUGUGUGUGUGUGUGUGUGUGUGUGUGUGUGUGUGUGUGUGUGUGUGUGUGUGUGUGGUGAUGCAGAUGACCUGGUGGCCUUUCAGAAAAGAUUUUUGUGUUUUACAGAUGGAAGUAUACUUGUUGCACAAUUUAUGUAUGAAUAAAACUUAAUAGAGAUUG